AAGGAUAGAUAUGUAGCCGGGAGUAUUGUCCGAAUUAAAAUGAGAAAUUUCAUGACGUACGAUCAUGUCGAAUUUUGCCCAGGCCCUCAUCUCAACAUGAUCUUAGGGCCCAAUGGGACGGGAAAAUCUUCAAUCGCUGCCUGUAUUGCCAUAGGGUUAGGCUUUGCUCCUAAAGUAAUGGGACGAGCAAAAGAGUUGAGGUCCUACGUCAAACAAGGCUCCGAAGAAUGCGAGACAGAGAUCGAACUGAAGGGGAAGGGUGGGGAGCCGAACGCCAUCAUCGGACGUGUGUUUUCCAAAGAAAGUGAAAAAUCGACUUGGAAGUUGAACCGUGAGGAUUCGACGAAGAGAGCUGUCCAAGAACUUGUGGCCAACAGCGGGAUCCAAGCCAACAAUCUAUGCUCUUUUCUUCCUCAAGACAAGGUUGCCGAAUUUGCCAAGAUGGCGCCCAUUGAGGUUCUCCAUGCGACUAUGCUAGCAGCCGGUGAUCCCAGGUUGACUAGAUGGCACAAAGAUCUGUGUGUCAAGGGAGAAGAGCGGAGGGCUGUUGAAGAGGUGGGUCCACCACCUAGACUGUCGGACGGCCGCUCACCGGUUAGACUUACGAUGGGCUCGUCAUACGUAGGGACAACCUGA